AUGAUUGACAUUAUGAAUUACGACACAAUAACGGUAAUCAGUUCUGUUUGCAAAGCAAUCCUUCAGUAUUGUGCCAACUCGCAUCCGUUUGAAGAGCGUACACUCGCCCUUGAUCAACCAGUCAAGAUUGGACGUCUGUUGGCUAAAGCCAAAGUAAGUCCUCACAAUGGGAUUUUUGAUUGUAAAGUCUUGUCGAGAAACCACGCCCUGCUAUGGCACGAAAAUGGAAAAUUUUUUUUACAAGACACAAAAAGUAGUAACGGCACGUUUGUUAACAACCACAGACUCAGUAAAAGUGGUGAAGAGUCUAAACCACAAGAAGUGUUUAGUGGAGAUGUGGUCCAGUUUGGUGUUGACGUGAUCGAAAACUCUAAAAACAUAUCUCAUGGCUGUAUUACAGCUGUAUUAAAAUUAUUUCAUGCUGACGGUACAGAGGCUAAAUCGAACCCUGUUGAAAAUUUUACUAGUGAUGUAUCUACUCAAGAUUUAUAUACUAUAGAUGCUUAUAUACGAGAUGCAAUGCACAGGGAAGCCAAUUUAGAAAACAAAUUAUUUAACUUGGAAAGGCUGUUAUCCAACAUAAUUGGGGAAACAGAUAAUAGUUGGAAAGCCCUCGUUGCUGAGGAUCGUUUAUUAUCCAAAAUUGAAUUUUUAGAAAAUCAACUGCAGUAUUACAAAAAGGAUCAUGGGGAAGAUGAAAUGAAACAGGAAAUAUGUGAUUUAAAACAAUAUAAAUAUUCAUACCAAGGAAUGGCUAAAGAUUGUUUAAAAAAAGAAAUGGAAGAAAAAUUGAAAUUGAUGCAGAAAUGUCAAGAAUUAGAAAAUCUGUUGAAACAUUCCAUAACUGAACAAAGUACAUUGAUGAAGCAUCUGAAUGAUGCUCAAGAUGAAAUCAAAGAAGUGUGUUCUAAGUUAAAUACAGAAGUUGCUAAUCAUGAAAAUUGUAUGAAAGAAUUUGAUGCAUCAAAAGAAUUACAUGAAACCGAAUUAAAAACCCUACAAGAAUCAAAAAAUGAAAUAGAAAUUAACUUUAAUAAUAAAUGUGAAGAAAUCGAAAGAUUACGAGCGGAAAUAGCUAAAAUGAAUUAUGAGAUCAAUACACGCAAUGUGCUUCUUUUGACCUUACAAAAUGAACAUGAGCUUACUGAAGAUAUUUCUCUUAAUAAGUACUUUAAUGAUAUAAUGUCUUAUAUUGUACAUAUAUUACAAGAUCGUCAAACAUAUCUAAAUCAAAUGAACUCCCUACAAAGUCAAAUGCAAAAACACAUAAAACAAAAAGCUGACUUAGAAAAUCAAGUAUGCCAGUUACAGACAGAACUUGAUCUUAAUCAUGAAUUGUUAGUGAACUGUACCAAGAUUAAAAAUGUUAAUGAAACAGAUAAUACAGAUCCUGAUCAACUAAAAAUGAUUAUAUUGAAUGAUGAUAAUUUAAAAAAUAUUGAAGUUAUAUCUAAAGACAUUGAGAUUCAGACAGAUUUUUAUAAACAGAAAUCUGAUGUCAUUGAAUUUAGACUAUCUGAAGCAAAAGAUGUACUGCUGGACUGUAUAACUAACUUGGAUGAUCAAGAAUCCACUAUAAAACAUCUUAAAAAAGAGAUUUCUUGUAAAGAUAUUGUUCUAUUGUUGAUGUCUGAAUAUUUAUGUCAGUUAUCAAGUAUUGACUCUAAUAAUAUACAAAAUGUGCCAGACAUACUGCAAAAAAAUCUUUGCUCUUUUAGUAACUCAAAAGGUCUUGACCAUAGUUUAGAUGAUUUAAAAGUACCUCAAAUUGAGAGUUUAAAUACAUCCCAAACACAGAAAAAUUAUAUUGUAAACGAAGUCUUGAUACAAGAAAUCAGCUCUGAUACAGUGGACACUAAAGAAGAUUCAGUAUUUGACCAAAAUGAAUUAGAACAAAUUCGUAAUGAAUAUGAUUUAUGUCUAACAGAAAAAAACAAUCUGAAAUAUGAAUUAGAGCAAAUCACAUUGAGAUGCAAAGAGUUAGAACAAACUCCAAAUUUCCACUUGUUUUUCGCGUUACCAUCAAUAGUAUUAUUUUUAGUCUUAGUAAUUAGAUUUUAUUCUUAUUUAUCCUAUUUAACAGGAACAUCCGAAUAA